CCGCCUAACGUGAUUCAUUUCAAAUCUUUUUGUACUGCGGGAUAUUUUCGUGUCUGAUUUAAUCAGUUUCGAACGUUUUAAAAACAAAAUUUUCAUAAGUCGCCUCUAGACAAGUUUCAAUACGGUUAAGAUUUACAACCGAAUGCAAACAGAGCCAAUACGUUUACAUUGUUUAUUUUGGGUACAAAGAGAUUCCGGAUGGGUGGCGUCAUAAAAAAAUCAAGUCUGCGAAUCAUUGGUAUUUAAUACCAAAUUUGGUAUGAGUUUUGAAACCUGCAAUCUCUUUUAACGAUGUUGUGCUUAACUUAGAGCCAUUUGUCGCUCGCACAUUACCGAAAGAUGUAUUUAUACGACGUACCAUCAAAAUUAACUCUGACGUCUGUAGAAGAAUUCCAGGAAGCGUUCCAACUUUUUGACAACAGAGGAGAUGGAAAAAUACAUGUGGCUCAGAUAGGAGACGCUCUGAGAGCUUUGGGUCAAAAUCCCACCGAGUCAGAUGUAAAGAAAUACACUCAUCAGUACAAGCCAGAUGAGAGAGUGUCGUUCGAAGUUUUUCUGCCGAUUUACCAGCAAAUCUCGAAAACCCGCAGUGCAGACACAGCCGACGAUUUCAUCGAAGGUUUGCGUCAUUUCGACAAAGAUGGUAACGGUUAUAUAAGCUCUGCAGAAUUGCGCCACUUAUUAACAACGUUAGGUGAAAAAUUGACUGACGACGAGGUGGAGCAACUAUUACAGGGUCAGGAAGACUCUCAGGGAAAUGUGAAUUACGAAGAAUUUGUUAAGUUGGUGAUGUCCGGUUAGGUUAAAAGGGCCUAAACACCACACGAUUGGGCAUAAAGAUACCAUCAUGUAUUUAUUUAUAUUGUAUAUUUGACAAUUGUCGUUUCCUUUUUAUAUUUUCUAAUUAUAGUGCCUUCAUUCCAGUUUUUAUACUUAUAACUUAAUUGGUAAUUACACUAUUAGAAACUUGGCAAA